AUGGUCAGUGCUCUUAAAAAACCCGGCAGAUGCGAUGGAUGCAAAAAACUUAUUCUAAGUUCACAAGACAUGGGACAAUUGUUAGACGAGACCAUGGAGCAUUUCAUAUCUUCCAACAGUCUCAAAUUGUUUUCAAGGCUACAGAUAGAUACCAGCUUCUUGGAUUUCAACCCAGAAACAUGGCAGAYGCAGGCUUCAUAUAUGGAUGGCAAAAAAUUAAUAAACUCUCUAAAAGUAGUUAACGACACCGCAGAAAGAGCCGUAAAACUAAUGCAAGAUUACCAUGGAUUGCUAACCAUACAACGCAUACAAGAACAUAGGAAAAUGUAUCCGAAUUGUUCAAAACAAGCUUUUAAAAGCUGUAAAUAA